AUGUUUAAUAUGGUUAAUGGACAAUACAGCUUAUAUGUUAGUAUAGAACUGCAUAAUGAAUGUAAUUCAACUGAUAAAGAUAUAUCUUAUGAUAUAACAACACAAAAAAUUCAGGAUCAUUAUAACUAA